CCGCUGCGGCGGCGGAGGAAGGGUGGGGGAACCCCGGGUCCGUGCGUUCGGCUGUAAAUAGGGUAGGGUUCGUUACCGGCGGCGGCGUUUGCGGGGGGGCGGCGUCGGCAUGCAGUCCGGUGUUUUGGUCUUCUCGGAUCCGGCCCUCUCCCGUCGCCGUUCGUUGCGGUGGCGGCGGAUCUGUGGAAGUUCUCCUGCGCGGCUGGCAUGGCGACGAUGCGGGCCGUGCGUGGUGGAGAUGCCGUCCUCGAGCUCUUCGGUCGUCGCGGCGUCGUCUCCUCCAACGAUGGCGCGGAGCUACUGAGGUAGGUGUGUGGAGGUUAGGAGGAUCUGGCGGCUGGGCUGGUUCAGGGAAGAAGGUGGACGGGUGUGGCGGCGUGGCGGUUGCCACGGAUCUGGAGCUGAAGAUGGUUGGGAGCGAGUCUCCCGCCGAUGUGAUUUCCAUGCCAAGAUCCAGCUUCAUGGAGCUGGUGACGACUGCGGUUCUUCAUAGCCUGUGGGCUAGCGGCCUCUUCUAUUCCAGGGAUGGUGCCUCUCCGUGCGGUGUUCUCCCUCCGGCGACGGUGGGCGGAUGUGUCCGGGGCGGCGGCGGCGGAUGCGGUGAAGACGGCGGCCUGGACGUCUCUGGUUUCUUCUUUGUAGCUAGGUGGUGCCACCUGGUUGGCCUGUAUCCUCUCUCUUUUACUCGUAUUUGUACUGCUCUGGUUUGUAUUUCCUUACCGUAUAAAUACAAGUAACGUAUGCCUUCGGGCGUACGUGGUCAAAAAAAAAAAAAAAGAAGGGGAAGGGGAAAGAAAGUCCAGAAACCACCCCCAAGAACCCUCCGUUCACGGCGGACGAGGGUUCGGCAGUAGUCUUGAGGAUUCGUCUACGCUUCUUGCAAUGGCCGCCGCAGUGGCGGAGACGGCUGUAGAGGCCGCCGCAGAGGGGAGCGACCUGCGCUCCUUCCUAACCAAGCGCGGCGUUGACACUGCCGAGGUGGAUGACCAGGCUCUCAAGGAGCUGGAGGAGAAGUACAUCAUCGUCAGAGACCUCGACGCCGACACGGUGCUCUCCAAGAUCCAGAACCUGCUGGGGCUGAGGCACAAGGAAGACAGCAUCGUCGCCUACGAAGGCCUGACCUACCAGCUUCCGUCUCGUGGCAUGGAGCAUCAGGAGUACGAGCCCCUGCUCCGGCAGCUCUGCCUGCGCCGCGGCAAGGUCGAUUGUUGUGCGGUCAGCGACCCCAAGACCUCGCGCUGGGCCAAGGCCAUCACGGCCGUGCUCUCCGCGGUCCAGAAACAACUCCUCUGUGGCAAGCGCACCAGCAGCCACUUCCUGUGCUACGGAGAGAAGCUCUUCGGCAAGGGGCACAAGACCGUGGAUGAUGCCCUGCUUGACAUAUGCUGCCUGCUCGAGUGCACCAGGACAUCUCUCAAUUUGUAUCACGUGUCUCAGGGCAUGGUCAUUGGGCCAGUAAUAUUCACAAGGGAAGAUGGUGUAGUGAUCCCUUGCAGCUCCUUGGGUCCGGAUGGAGCCUAUAUACAGCCGAAAUUCUCUAAGAUUACUGCCGCACCAGGUGCAGAGGUCAACUUCAUCCUAGUAGUCCAGGGGGCUUCUGUUUUCGACACUUUUGCCAGGGGACGAGGCGACCAAUUCCUCCGUGAAUUCAGCUGCGUGCUCGUCACAGGCGGCGAUGGGCAGCCGGAUAUCACCACACGGGCUUUCUUGCGCAAACUUAAGGAUCAACUGUCUGUCCCUGUGUACGCGCUCGUCAAUCCGGAUCCGGAGGGCCUCUCCAUCUUCUGUACAUACAAGUAUGGAUCGCCCGAGGGGCCAUUUGACAACGCGGGUCUUACCGUUCCUGACAUCGAGUGGAUCGGAGUGCAUUUAGGUGAUGCUCUUGAUCUUGACAUUAAAGAGGGGCUGCCGCUGACCAAACAAGACGUGUCCAUUCUGGAAGGAUUAUGCGCCAACAAGUAUGUAAUGGGUGAUGACCUAUUCAGGACCAACAUACAUUUCAUGUUGUACAGGGGGUUGAAAAGCAAGAUCGAAGCUUUGUUCUAUCGUCAGUACCCUCCUUCCGACUACAUCCGCAAAGAAAUUAACAAUCACGAGGACACCUAAGUAGUAGCUCCUUGUGUUAACUUUGGUGGAUACACAUCUGUGUAGUUUGCCAUGUUGACUCUGGUAGGAUAGACAUUUUAGUGCAUUAACCAGAUUGUUCCUGGCUUAGCUCUUCUGUCAUGAGGAAGCCUAUAUUUUGGUUCACCUGAAAUCAGAUUGCAAGAUGAGCAUUUUUGGCA